AUGACGUGUGGGCGUGGCCUGGCGCCAGCCUCUCCCAGUAUAACCAGUAACGGCUCCAGCAACGGCACCGCCCCCCAGCCCGGGGGGGGGCUCUCGCCCGCGGGGGUCGUGGCGCUCUCGGUGAUUUUCGGGGGUCUGGGGGCGCUGGCGCUGCUGGGGCUGCUCCUGUUGGCCGCACUGCGCCUGCGCGAGAAGCGCCGCACCGAGGGCUCGUACCGGCCGAGCCGCGAGGAGAUGGGGGGGGGGGCGCGCGCGGGAGCGCCCCCGGGCCCCGCCCCGCUGCGGCUGCCGCCGGAGGAGCGGCUCAUCUGAGAGACCCCUCCCCAAAUUGGGCACUGAGACCCCUCCCCAAAUUCUGCAUCCCUGAGACCCCCGGGCCCGGCCCCGCUGCGGCUGCCGCCCGAGGAGCGGCUCAUCUGAGAGAGACCCCUCCCCAAAUUCUGUAUUGGGACCCCCGGAGGAGCGGCUCAUCUGAGAGAGACCCCUCCCCAAAUUCUGUAUUGGGACCCCCGGGCCCGGCCCCGCUGCGGCUGCCGCCGGAGGAGCGGCUCAUCUGAGAGAGACCCCUCCCCAAAUUGGGCAUUGGGACCCCUCCCCAAAUUCUGCAUCCCUGAGCCCCCCCGGGCCCGGCCCCGCUGCGGCUGCCGCCCGAGGAGCGGCUCAUCUGAGAGAGACCCCAACCCAAAUUGGGCAUUGAGACCCCUCCCCAAAUUCCGCAUCCCUCAUCUGAGAGACCCCUCCCCAAAUUCUGCAUCCCUGAGACCCCUCCCCAAAUUCUGCAUUGAGACCCCCGGAGGAGCGGCUCAUCUAAGACCCCUCCCCAAAUUCCGCAUCCCUCCCCCGAAUUUGGGGCUUUUCUGGGACCCCCUCCCCAAAAUUUUGGGGGGGUUUGGGACCAUGGGAGUCGUUUUGGGGGGGCCAAAAAGGGCUGGACCCCCCCGUCUGUGACCCCCCUCAAAUUUGAGGAGCACCUCAUCUGAGACCCCUCCCCAAAUUCCACAUCCCCCCCCGAAUUUGGGGCUCUUCUGGGACCCCCUUCCCAAAUUUUGGGGGGGUUUGGGACCAUGGGAGUCAUUUUGGGGGGGUCCUGGGGGGGGUGCAGAAGGGCUGAGACCCCCCCCCAAUUUGAGGAGAGGCUCAUCAGGGACCCCUCCCCAAAAUCUGGGGGUCAUUUGGAGCCCCCUCCCCAA